AUGUCUCUCUCUUUCUCUCGCUGCCCCGCAAAGCUAAAUGUCAAUGGGCAGCGCAAAAGUGCGGAGGAGCCCACGAGAUCCCCGUCCAUAGCACGGCUUGGUAUCGAUUCAUCCUUCCUUUUGAAUGGUCCCAUGUGGAUUGCUCAGGACAGAUCUGCCCCCUUCCGUGCGUCGGCGAUGGAAUGCUGGGGGAAAGGAGAGGCCGGGGCCUGGGUUGCCACCGUCAGACAGAGGCUCCUGGAAUAG